GCGGGGGUCGCGGCGUGACGUCACAGCGCCGCCUGUCGGUCCGGAGCGCGUCUGCUGCUAGCGGCUAGCGGCUAGCAUGUUUACCUCGAGCGCGUCGCAAAACUCGAUAACAUGUCGAUAAACGUCGUGAAACAUGUCCGAGGAAGAGAAGUGUGUGAGUGUGUGUUUCCGUCCGCCGCUGGAGCUCCGAGACGCCGUUCUCCUCACACACGGAGUCCUGCGGGAGUUCCCCGGGAGAGUCCCGACCCGAUUCGAACCCUGGUUCCCGUCUGCGUCUGACGCGCGCAGACCCAUCCGGCCCCUGAAGCCGGCCCCUGCCAUCUCCCCCGAGGCCCCGCCGGACGCCCCGGACCGUCUGGGACCCGCCGGACGCUUCAGGCGCUCGUGGUGCGUGAUCACGGACAGGAGAGCGCCGCGGAGGAUCACGUGCUGCUUCUCGAGGCUCUUCCUCAGGACCGUGGAGAAGCGCGGGCUGCAUCCGCGUCAGAGGGUCAGGUGGGUGGUGUGCGAGGGGAACCGCGGGCCCCGGAGCAUGGAGGAGCUCUGGCUGGAUCUGAACCGAGCCAUCAGACGCUCUCGACUGCCCACCUGCAACGCUAACUACCAGAGAGCGCUGCCUCAGAUCUGGCUCUACUGCGACUUCUUCUGCUCCGAAUACAUCGGCCGCUUCCUGAAGAGGGAGCUCCAGCUCUCGGGGCCGAUCACCUUGACGGCUUAUAAACUUGGAGACAUUGCUCAGUUAUAGCCGUGAUUUAUGUUUAUUAAAGGAGCUUGUUUUAUUAAAAGGUGCGGCGGGCGUGAGCUCCGUCUCUCUUUGGUUCUUAGUUGCUUUAUCAUUAACUAAAACCAUAAAAAAAAAAGACUUUAUUUCAGCUUGUUUCCAAAGCGGAAGUGAUAUUAAGAUGCAUGAAAACUGGAUUAAUGUACUGUAAUUACAAAAUAUAGACAUGAAAUUAAAUGUUUUUUGUUGUUAUUCAGGUUUAACUUGAUGUAUUACAAUAAUGAAUAAAGCUCCGAAGAAAAAUCAA